AUGGAUUUUCAAUUAUGCACAAGCGAUUCUGAUUUGGAUCUUAGAAAAUACUUAUAUACUGCUCAUUGCCUUGUAACUGAAAGUAAACAACCAGCAAUGAAUGAAAAUUCGAAAAUUAUUUCAAAAGCUGAUCUUACGACACAUUUAUUAGAUCUUAUGAAGUUGUUACCAAAGAAACGAUAUCAUCUUGAUGCAUCGAAAAUUAAAACUUCAAAUCCACAUGAACAUUCUUUGGAACAACAAAUUUAUUAUAAAGAAAUAACUGACGCAUAUGUUGGUUCAGAAGAACGAAAAACGUCAAGUAUGUAUUUUUUCAUUACUGAAACUAUUGCUAUUCUAUCGUCAAAAACAGAUCUUCAUCGAUUUUUAUCAUGGAUAGUUGUAUUUAUUUAUGAAGAUGUUAACAAAUAUAUUUCACCAGUUUACCGUGCAUCACGUUCAACACCUGAUGAUCUUGGACAUUUUAAAGAAGAGUUUGGUAUUUUUUAUGGACAAUGCUUAUAUACACAAGUUACUCAACUUCAUCAACAAUCAAGAUCCACAACUAAAUCUAUACAAGUGAGUGAAUAUAACAUUUAUUAG